CUGUGGCUGCAGCGGCAACACUCGCCACCACCCAGCAGCAGUUACCUUCGCACGCGGAUACUUAAUACGGGCUCCAGCAGUUUAUUACGUAUACGCUACCGUGUGCCGUGUGUUGCCCGCUCGUUAAACGUUGUUUGUGUUACCCGGAACGGCAUUGCAAAUGCGAAAUCAGAAUAAAGUGCAAUACAAAUAUUAGCACUGCAAUACAACAAUAAAAUAAUAAACUUUGAGCGUAUUAAUUGCAAUCUUGUGAUAGAGAUUACUUAAGCGAAACACGAAGGAACACGAAAACCAAUUAAAUAAACACAACAAAAAGAAACACAACGAGCAUUUGCUGUGAAAGCGAAUGAGAGCUUGGACAAACAUAAACACGGAGCACGGGAGCACGAAGGACCAACCUAAUCAUAAGUAAACAGAGAUAGCGUGUGGGCAGAGAGAUAGCAGGACGAAGGAUAAACGUGGUCUCGUUGCCAUGAGUGCAGCCUCGGGUGUUGUCCAGGAGUAGCAGGAGACGCGUGGCACAACCACAAUAGGCAGCAGACACAAAACCUUCUCCGCCCUCCUUCCGGGCUUGCAAUCAAAUCGAAUUAAAUUCAACAAUGCAAAUUACACUUUGCAUACACAAAUGCAUGGACAAACACGAAAGAGCAACAGCAGCAGAAAUUUGCUGUCAUCAAAUGCUUUAAGUUUGCGUGUGAAAACAGAGAACUGAGACGAAACAUAUCAUAUAUCCGUGAGGAAUACAAGUGUCUGGCUGUCAAAAAUGAUUAAGGGUAUUCUGAUACAACGCAAGAGCCAGGAGGAUGCCAGCUACGCGAAGCAGCUCAAGAUGGAGCAUGCCGAUCUGGUGGCCGAGAUGCAAACGGUAGAGAGUCUGCCCACCCACGAGCGCCUACAAUUGGCCAGACUACGGCGUGCCCAGCAGUUGAAACUAUCUCGGCAGAAGGACAAGGAGUGGGCAAAACUGCAGCGAGCGAAGGGCAAUACAGGGAGCGCGGCAGUGGCAGCCAGCGUUGCUGGGCAUGGGCACAGCCUGAUGAAUGGAACUGGUGAUACGACGCAUCAUUUUCGGCAUGCCAAUGGCUCCGGAACGGUGAGCGGGCGACGGCACAUAUCCUUUGAGAACAGCGUAGUGCUGCUGGAGGCGGCCUCGCGCAACGAUAUGCCCGAGGUGGCGGCUUUGUUGCAGCACGGCAUUACGCCGGAUGCGGCCAAUGAGGAUGGACUGACGGCCAUGCACCAGGCGUGCAUCGACAACAAUGUGCAAAUGCUGCAACUGCUGCUGGAGUACGGGGCGGAUGUGGAUGCCCAGGACAGUGAUAAAUGGACGCCGCUGCAUGCGGCUGCCACCUGCGGCCACCUCGAGCUGGUGCGCAUCCUCAUCCGGCACGGUGCUAACCUGCUCGCCGUCAACACAGACGGCAACAUGCCCUACGAUCUGUGCGACGAUGAGAACUCGCUGGACUUUAUCGAGGGCGAGAUGGCGCAGCGUGGCGUCACCCAGGAGCUGAUCGACGAGACGCGCUCCUCCACGGAACGCAUCAUGCUGCGAGAUCUCAUGGAACUGGCCCGCACUGGCGGGGAUCUCGAGGAGCCGGACUAUCAGUGUGCCACCCCACUCCACAUAGCUGCCGCCAAUGGGUAUGUGCGCGUGGUGGAGUUCCUGCUGGAGCAGCACGUCAAUGUGGAUGCCAUGGACAAGGAUCUGUGGACGCCAGUGCACGCGGCCGCCUGUUGGGGUCAUCUUGAGGUGCUUGAGAUGCUGGCCCAGUGCGGUGCCGAUUUGAAUGUCCGCAACAAAGACGAUGAGACGCCCUCAGACAUCUGUGAGGAUCCUGAGAUUAGGGAACGCAUCGAGCAACUGAAAACGGAGCAGGAGAGCAAACGACUGGCCGAGGCGCAACGAAGGCGCGUUCGCCGCUCCCAGAGCAACAAUACCAGAGCGCAAUCGGUGCGUCGGACCAGUUUGCGGGACAAAACGCUGACAACCAAAAAGGAUGCCGUCGAGGAGACUCGCCUACGCCUGCAGGCCCAGGAGGCAACCGCAACAGAGGGGGCACCUGCGUCGCUGGAUCCCCUGUCGAAUGGCUAUGGCUACGGUAACGGCAGCAGCGGCAGCAGCAGCAGCAAUCACAACGGUGAGAAGCGUCCCUCGACGGCCAGCCAGAAUGGCCAUGGCCCUGGCCAGCUACUGCCACACUCUAAGUCCGCCGAUGCGCUGGACAAUGCCACUUCGAUCACUUCAUCCACAUCCACAACAACCGCAACACAUUCCUUCCAAUCGCGUCGUCCACCCGAUGGCCGCGAAAACGAUGAGCUGCUCCGCCUUAAAGGAGCCCAGGACGGUGCCGUGGGAGAAAUGCAGCGUGCCACCUCGGCGGCGGCCGUCAUUCUCACCGACAAGGGUACGGCGGCCAGUGCCGAGGCCGUGCAGUUCCAGUCAUCCAAAGAAGCUGCUAACGGCAAGAUCAAUGUCCAGGUCACCGUUCUAGUGGACACGAACAGCACACAUCAUCAGCAGCAGCUACAGCAACAUGCAAUGCUGUUGCAGCAACAUCAACAACAGCAACAGCAGCAGCAACAUGUUGCCAUAAUGGAUGGCGGCUUCAGUGCUGCGACCUUGUCGAACUUAAAGAAACAACGCUCCCUCUCACGCACCGCGAAUGUCCUUAGCAAUUUCGAAUUAUCAUCGACCUCAAAUCACACUGCGACAACGACAACAUCCACUACAUCGAGUCCCAUUGUAGCGGCAGUAGCAACAGCCACAGCCACAGCAACAACAACUAAUGGUUCUGUUUUAGGAGCCAACAACAACAAUAACAACAGCACCAGCAACAACAACAACAACGGAGGAGGUGGCGGCGGAGGAGGAUCAGCUGCAGUUGGCGCAGCAACCGCACCGAUCUCCACCCAACCCCUGGGACUGGGACCCAUGGGCGGCGGAGGGCCCGGCAGCCUGCUGGACUUUGAGGUCGCAUCGCCGGCAACGAGCAGUUCGGUGAACAAAUUUAGCGGCAUCACCGGCGACGUGGUCAGCGACAGCACCAGUUCCAGCCGCAAGUGUUGUGUGCUCAUGUAGGAUGAGCACUCAGCACGCUCCAACUGAAUAACAGGGUAUUAACCAAGAGGAAGAGGCAUUAACGUGAGGAAUGUCAUCGCAACGAUUUGUCAGAUAGAUAGAUUCGACCAUUUUUGGUAUGGGAUUUUGUGUAGGCAAGCAAAAAUCAAAUGUGUCUUUUUUUUAGAAAUGUAGUGAGAGAAAUUCGUUGAGAAUUAUAUUAAUUUUAUAAACCACUUGAUUCAACAAAGGGUUCAAUUCUGUGAGCUCCUAUAAACAAACCCCAUAAACGGCUCAAAGUCGUUGCAUUUUCCUAACACACACAGAAACACAACAAAUAUACACAUACACACACACACGUACAUAUAUAAAGAUUUAUCCAACAAAAUAAAUGUGAGCAGUUUACCUUAGUUUAGUCUACGAUUAAAUAUGUUAAAGGAGAAGCAAAAUCAAAAAAAAAAAAUCACAAAACUAUU